GUGUAUAUGUUUUGUGGCGUGCAAGGCAAGGAAAGAGCGGCGGCCUUUUUUGUAGUUUUUGUUGAUGAAAUAAAAAGACAUCAUUUAAAUAAUAAUCUAGUAUCUAUAGUGAAUAAGUAAGGUGUGAAAAUGUGCAACAUGCUGCUGAUGGCAUUGCUCAACAGCGUGGACUUCUACAUACGUAGCAAAGCUUCGGUGAUGUAUAAAGAAAGGACUAUGUUUUUUAUGAUGUCCCAGUGACAUAACAUCGUUGUAUAAAUAUUUAAGAAUAAUCUAAUCCUAAUCGCGCUUCAUACUAAAUGGCAACAGCAUUAAAAAGGCAGAGAUCGCGGCGAAGACUAGCCGCAGUAACGUUUUUGUCGAAUAUUUCUCUGGACGGCAGUUAUAAGGACACCCGGCUAGCCCUUCUACCCAGGAAUGGGGCCAUCACGAAAACACCUUUCAUAGGAGAGGUAGUCCCAGAAGAGUCAGAUGGGCCUGAUGAUUGCUUUAGCGAGCCCGAGCAACAGCCUCAUCAUAUCCUGAGGGAGAAGUUGCAACAGAAUAGUGCAAAGAGAUGCCCUCAGAGGGCAGCAGCAAGACAUGGCAACUGCAGUGACACCCAUUCCUCCAGCACAGACUCUGAAGGCGCAAUUGCUGCUUGCAGGACCAUUUCUGAGGAGUAUGCUUUUAAACCAGUUAGAAACAGGAAUGAGUCUGAAUGCAGCGAGAGUGAAAGGCACUUUCAUGGGAGCAGUUCUGAAAGUUUGGAACCGCAUGGCGCGAAAAGCAAGAAGACAAAGUCUUCCAAAGACAAGUUUGGUAGUGAAAGAAUUAUGUUGGUUACUGCCAAACACACCCCUAUGAUGGUGUGUUCAUAUGUCCCUCAAAAGAAAUGCAACAGGUCUGAAUCAAAACGCGAAACUCAUAGGAAAAGAAAUACUUCUCUUGGAGACGGUUUGGAUCCAUUUGAUUCUCUAGGAAUUGAAAGAGUCAAAGAUGGACAGGAAACUUCUUAUGGUUAUCUCCUGACACCCUCAAAGACUGUGAAAGAUGUACCUAAAAGAAGCACAAUCGAUGACCCAACAGAUGAGAAUAGAAGCGCAAAUCAACGUCAUAUGGUCGCUAGGACGAAAGUUUUAUCUUGGCAACCAGAAUACAAAUGGUGUUUCUCGUACGACCACAACGCGCACAGAGGCACCGCUCACGUGGUAACGACACCAGCGAUAUCUCAUCAGCAACAAGCGCAACUACCGCAGUCUGACGAAACAACUGAGGCUGAAGUUGACGGCGAAGGUGGCGAAACCACUUACGUUUACCAUCCUGAGUUGCUUGAUGAUCCGGAGUUGAUUGCGGGGAAACACAGGACUUUGCUGACGUUUACAUCGUAUAUGACAUCGGUUAUCGAUUAUGUGAAGCCGUCCGAUUUGAAGAAGGAGAUCAAUGAUAAGUUCAGAGCAAAGUUCCCACACAUCCAAUUGACUCUGAGCAAGUUGCGCAGUAUCAAAAGGGAGAUGAAGAAGAUCGCAAAGCAAGAGAGCGACGUGGAUUUAUUGACCGUCGCUCAGGCCUACGUUUAUUUUGAGAAGUUGAUCCUGAGAGGGCUUAUAAACAAACAGAACAGAAAGUUGUGCGCUGGUGCUAGCCUUAUAUUGUCUGCCAAACUUAACGACGUUAAAGGUGACACUCUAAAACUGCUGAUCGAAAAGACCGAGACGACGUUCCGGGUGAACCGCAAGGAACUGAUUGCGUACGAAUUCGCCGUAUUGGUGGCGCUGGAGUUUGCCCUUCACGUGCCCACGUGGGAGGUAUACCCCCAUUACCAACGGCUUCUGUACGACUCUUGACCCUCCAGCUUCUGCACUUCCACUUCAAAGCUGGUCGUUCUGCCAUUUGCUGGGAAUGGCGAUUUGUGUAUGGUGGUAGGGGUUGCGAGGGAGUAGUGGGGAUGAAGCUCAGGUGAAACGUUACAUAGGGAAUAUAUGUAUUCCAAUAAAAUUACGAGUAGAUCAAAGGGCAUUGGGUAAUUUUGGCGAUAUUUUUUUCAACUCUUGACCUGUAAUGAAUAGUUUUUCUUAGGGCUGUCAAAGACAUAACUACUACAGAGGCUUACUACUCGCCAAAGCGGUUUUUCAACACUCUAGAUGUGUUUUGCUAUGAUAGCAUCUUCAGGAGGAGAUGCUAAGUAUUAUAAAUUCCUAACUUGGGUAUUACCUAGUAAAAAACAAUUUGGCGAGCGGUCAAACUCUUUAGUGGUUGUAAUUGCUACGUCAAAGGAUCCCAUAUCAUGUACAGUAGCGGAUAAAAGUUUGGAAACGUUCUUAGUAAUUUUUAAAGUGUGCUAAUAUUUUAUUCUUUAUUAUUAUGGACUAUUUUUUUUCUCAUAUAGUUUGCUUAGUCUUGAGGAUACAAAUGACAAUUUGUGUUUGUUGUGGUACUAGCCACAGCCACAGACUAGCAUUAAAAUACCUUCAUUUUAUUUUAUGACCGAAAAUCAGACGACAAAAGUAUGGAAACAUAUUUUUUAUUACAAAAUUAAAUACAAUAACUCUACAAAAAGAUUUAAAAAAUCCCGUUUAGCUAUUUUUUGGUAGCAUACAUUCAACACUGCCUGACAUGCCACUCAUAGAUGACACCAAUUGUUUACAGACGUCUGUUGGGAUAUUUUGCAAAAUAUUUUUUACAUAAUCAAAUAAAUCGUUUCUAUUUUUGAAAGUUCUUCUUGUCAGUUGUCUUUUAACAUGCUCGCAGAGAUGUUCUAUAGGGUUUAGGUCCGGGAAUAGCGAAGGCCAUGUAGGUAAAUUCAACGAAUUCGGACUUGGUUAGAAGAAGCCAAGCCCAUAUGUCGUUAAAAGAUUGUUUGUUAGCAAUAUCAACAGAUCAUUGUUUACACAAAAUUUGACCUUGAACGAAAAUUGUAUUCUCUUCCCCGAGUAGACAUGUCGUGCGUAAUAUUUUUUUUAAAGGUUAAAAUCAGAUACGGAUUCAUAAUGUUGAGGGAAAACAAUGUUCAAAAUAUGAAAGAAGCUACCUUUAAAUGAAAAGAGAUUUUAUAAUUACGGCAAUAAAAUAUCAAGAAUCUAAUCUUAACUAAGAAAUAUGAUCGAAAUAAGCUCAAUUCGCGUAUAUUACUUUUUAUCAAUUUGCCUAAUCACCUGGAUGGGUAAAUCUUGUGAAUGCUGACAAUGUUUCAUUGUGAUUGUAAGCAAUAAAUUAGCCUCUUCUACAGAAAUGAUGUUAGGUUUGAGUUCCAAUGCUGCGUUGAUUGCUAGACACAGUUGGGUACAGCUUAAAUCGAGUUCAGCAUUGUAGUGAUCAUUAAAAUUGAUUGACAUCGAAGUUUGACUCUAUAUGAGCAUGCUUGAUUGAAAUCGACCAUAUUAAAGCAAUACACAAUGGAUUUUAUUGCUUGCACUUUAGGUUGUAUUUGAUAAUUUUAUUUUUUGCAUGGAACUUGAGUCGGCUCUGAAAAUAUAUUAAUUAACAUCAUGGGCACUGUAACAAUCUAACCCAUUUAAUAUAAACAUAAGGAUACAUUAAUUAAUAGAACACCCAAAACCCAAAGGAAAACAAAAAUAAAGACAAUAAAAAAACAUUUAUUGAUAGUACAAUGCUAAGUCUAUACAUAGUAUGUAUAUGCAAGUAUGUGGAUAAAACAUUACCAAAGCACAAUAAAAAAAAAAUAAAAAAGAUUGCAUUGAUUUAUUAGUUCACUGAUGUUGGAAUAGCAAGCUUUUUGUCAACUUUGAUCUGAUCCUUUGAUUUGAGUCUUUCAAACUAUUUAGUUCGUGGUAGAUUCUUAUACUAUAUUUUUGGAGGAUCAAUUUUAUAGUGUCAAAAACAUGAUUUGUAUCAUAAAUAUGCGAACCAAGUGAAUCUAAGGAAGAUAAUGGUAUAUUUUGCAGUGACUUUUGCAUUAAUGUGGGAACAAUGUUUUUCUUAAAUAUACUCCCACAUGCCUUAGCUACUCUGAUACUUUUUUCUCCUACUUUACAUAUGUCUAUUAAGAAUUUAGAUGCAUUGGUCAAUGUUCCAAAAGUUUUUUUAAUUUGCAACUGUGACAGAGGUUCUUCGCUUUCUAAAAAAUUGAGACACGCGUCACACGUGAUGCAUUUCUUCAAGCAUUUAACUACAAAGCCUGCAAUGUAUGCAACAACAUCUUCACAAUAUGUAGUCAGGAGAGCUUAGAAAGUCCAUUUCAUUAAUUUUUCUGGAAACAUCUUUAUAUUCCUCAUUAUACAAUAAGUUUUCACCAUUUUCAUUUUUAGACAAUGUAGAGCAAUGUAAUAUGCUUAAGCGACUGCAUUAGCAUUUUCACUACCUUUUAAAUCCGAGUGAAUGAGUAGUCUUUUAUAAAUGUGUUGAAACUGAAAUGCAGUUGGAUUAUGAUUACUUCCUCCUCUGUUUCUAAUUGCACUAAAAAAGAUUGAUCUUGUGAAAAAGUAUAUGUUAGAAGCAAAUUUAAAAUGUUUGUUUCUAUGUAUUCCUGAUAUAUACAGUGUGAGUCUUCAUAAAGUGCACAUAUCAAAAUCAGGGAAACUACACUCUAUUUCAUCGACGGAUAAAUCAUCAAAAAAACAUGAAUUUGAUUUUUUAUGAAUAUAUGAAUAUUUUAAAAUUUUUAGUAGCAGCUUCUAACCAUAUUGAUAUAACUCGUUACAACUUUUAAACUAAAUGUCCUAUCAUAUUGGAAUACAUUUUGUAGUGAUUGCUGGUAAAAGGACGUGCCUGAAAAGUGAACAAUUCCAGGAAAAGUAAUGACAUCCAUUUAGAAUGAAGAAAAUUUUGAUGAAAAUCUUUUUUUUUUAUCAUUUUUACAAUAAUUUCAAAUUUUCUAUAAAUAUCGUCCCUUGUACCCUACCUUUUUUUAUUUGUAAGUUAUUCUACAUGUUAUCAGCGUUAUAAAAGUAAAAAAUGCACGUUUAUUUCUCAAAUGUAACAGUUUCUAUGAGUGUUUAUAAAAAAGCCCAUGCGCAUCGUCUUGCUAGGCACCAUUGUUUAUCAUGUAGAUACCUUUUUUCUGUGAUUCAAUGUAGAGUCGCGCGGGCUGAAGUACGAGUGGGGAGGCGGGUCCAGUUGAAAAACAAUUGAAUGUUGGGCAGUUAGGCAGCUAUUUGUGUUUCUCCUGCCAACUUUAUCAGAUUCGUUUGCUACAUAUCACGCUUUCGCUUUUUGGUCGCGAUGCCACGUAUAAGUGAUUUCCCGCCGGCACACAUUGCCGAUAUCCAUUAUUAUUAUGGAAUGUACCGAGGGAGUGCUAGAGCUGCUUGCACAGCUUCUCUAGCUGCAUUUCCAAAUCGACGCCCUGUUCCAUCAGCCCGUAACUUCCAAGAAGUACAUAGAAGACUGGCUAACACUGGACUUGGUUUGCCUCGAGAUCGCCGCGAACCAGGUGUUAUUAUUCAUGUUGCUAUGGAAGAAGCCAUUUUGGAUGAUUUGUUUGCUGACCCGACUACUAGUACGAGAGUACGUUUGGCGUUACGUCAUGGCGUAUCCCAGAAAUCGGUUUGGCGCAUCUUGAGGAAAGCAGGGUUGCAUCCAUACCAUUAUCAAAGGGUGCAGCACUUGCAUGAAGAUGUGGAUUGGCGUCCAAGGUGCGUUAUGUCUACAUGGAUUUUAAUAAAAACAAGAGACAAUCCUGAAUUCCCGAAAACAAUUCUGUGGACAGAUGAUUCUCAAUUCACGAGAGACGGCAUCGUGAACUGUCGUAAUUUACAUAAGUGGUGCCCAAAAGAUGAAAACCCUAGGCUGAAAAGGGCUUCAACAUUUCAAGUGAAAUUUUCUGUAAAUGUGUGGGCCGCACUGAUUGACAACUUUUUGAUUGGUCCAAUAAUACUCCCGAGGACAUUAAACGGAGAGAAAUUUCUGGAGCUUUUGCGGACUGAACUGCCCUUGCUGUUUGAAGAAGUGUCGCUACAAACCCGUCGAAGAAUGAUGCUUCAAAUGGAUGGAUGUCCUGCCCAUUACUUGCUGAUUGUCAGGUCUUUUCUUAAUGAAAAUUAUCCAGGCCACUGGAUCGGUCGACAAGGACCUGUUGGGUGGCCGGCGCGUUCCCCAGAUCUCACACCUCUCGACUAUUUUUUAUGGGGGACAAUGAAACAAAGGGUGUACAGCAGUUCCAUAAACAGCGAAGCGGAACUUGAAGAAAGAGUUUUGCAUGUUGCAAACGAAAUCAAAAAUGAUCCCGAGAUGAUUCGUAGGGCAACUCAUCAAAUUUCACUUCGCGCUACAAUAUGUUUGCAGCAACGGGGUGGCCAUUUUGAACAUUUGAUGCAUUAAGCCAAAAUGAUUAUCCUAUAGACAAGUCUAUUUGAUUUUAUUUGUUAAAGAUAAUGAAUGAUUCAUGUAGGUUAAUACUGUUGUUUUAUUCCUACUCUGGCGUUGAACUGAGUUCACUGCUUUUUGAAACGCUGAUUUAAAAACUUGUAUCUAAGUAAUAAACUUGCAAUUUUUCACCAUUAGGAAGCUAAUAACAUGUAGAAUAACUUAACAUUUAAAAAAGGUACGGUAAAUAGGACAAUUUUUAUUUAAAUUUAUAGCAUUUAAUUUCGUGGAAAUUUUCACUUUACUGGUACGGCCUACAAAAUUUAUUCCAAUAUGAUAGGACAUUCAGUUUAAAAGUUGUAACGAUUUAUUUAAAUAGGGUUAGCAGCUAACUCUAAAAAUUUUAAAAUAUUCAUAAAAAAUCAAUUAUUGUUUUUAAUUUUUUUUUUUAUAAUUUUUCCGUCAAUAAAAUAAGGUGUAGUUUCCUUGAUUUUACUAUGUGCACUUUAUGAAGACUCACACUGUAUUUUGAAUGCUAGUGAUGGCAACCAUAAAGCCAAGGAACCCAGUUUUCCUUCUUGUAUUCAAUACUUGCAUUCCAUUCAAAUUUAUACCUUCAAUUAGACGUGUGAUGCUAAAAAGGAACCUGCUAUUUUUUAACUGCUAUCUAGUGUAUAAAAUUUUAACUGCUAUGCGAUUCAAAAUUAGCAGCUAUUUGUGUAGCAGUUAAAUACUGUGAACUGUGAUGACGGGACUAGACUAGACCGGCGUUAGCAGUGGCGACGCAGACUGAGCGACCAACCUAUCGAGUUAAUAAUGCUAAUGUAGGGUUGAGUGCGAAUCGAAUACUACCUGCGAACUGCGAUUUACUACUGUGAAUAUUGAACACAAACGCUUAAUUUAGGGAUAAAAUUUCACUAACCGUUACCGGAUGAUUUUUGGGUGUUUUAGUAGAAAAUGUGGAAUAUUUUAAUACUUCUAUUAUUAUGUAUUUUACUUUUUUAUUAUGUAAUAUCAUUGAAAGAGAAAAAAGAAUUUCAUUCAAAACAGUUAUAUGUUAAUUAAAAAAACAUUCUAAAAUUUCCCAGAAUCUUAAAUACUAAAAAAGGUAUAUAACAUAUAAACAUAAUAAGAAAUCACUCAAAAUAAAUGUUGGUUUGCAUUUAAAAACAUUAUUUUUUUAACCUUUUCUAAACUAAUACGGCUUCUUCGCUCUGAAAUAAUUAUUCCAGUUUUUGAAUAGAUACGUUCACAUUCGACUGAACUAGAAACUGUACCAAACUUACUUCGAGUAACAUGGCUUAAGUUUGGGAAAACUGAAGCACGAUUUGCCCACCAUUUUAGAGGAUCUUCGUUCCUAUGUAAAAUUUCUUUUUCCAGGUAGCGGUUAACUUCUACAAUGGCACGUGCUUGCGGACUUUGAUUAAAUCUUGGCUGAGAUGACACUGACUUAUUUAACUGUUUCCAUAUAUCAAAUAACGGCUUUUUAGUUUCUGACUCCUCUGUUCUGGACGUACUAGCAGUUGCCACUUCUCCCGCUUCAUCUUCAUUUAUUGUAGAUUUUGCUCUUAUAUUUUGAGUCACUAAGCCAAUAACGGCUUCUUUCGCCCUAUCAGAUGUUCCUGGCUUAAUAAAACCUACAUUUUUAAAUCUGGGAUCCAAAAAACCUAGAUUUUAUACUUUCUAGUAGUUUUCCAAUGAAAUUUCUACUUAUUCCAUUGGAAAACUGACUACUGCUCAUCAUUUCAUCGCAGACACUUUGUAAUCCAUUGGAGGUGAUGAUUACUAGGGAUAACAUUACAUAUUUCUCCCCGGACAUUAAUUCAGUUAUGUCAUGAAAUGGUUUGAGGAUCAUUAUUAGUUCUCUUAUGAACGUCCAUUCUUCUGUGGGUAUUACCGGUAGGGAGAUUGAGUCCAUUAACGCUAGUGCUGUUCUAAUAGCUUCUUCUAACUCAGCAAAUCUUUCUAGCAUUAAGUAAGUAGAGUUCCAUCUUGUAGCUAUGUCUUUUUUUAAUUUCUUUGGUUCCUUAUCUUGCUGUCGUUGAACAUGAUCUAAUUUAUUUUUAGCAUUUGCACUUUGCUUAAAAUGUGUCACAAUUUCACUGACUUUAUUUAAAAUGCCUUCUUUGAUUAAUAUUAAUGCAUCUCCCACUAUUAAAUUAAGCGUAUGUGCAUAACAUCCAAAAUGUCUCCAUUUUAAAUCAGUUGUGAUAGCUUUUUUAAUAUUUGCGGCGUUAUCUGAAAUUCCAAGUAAAAUCGACUAUUCAGAUAUAUUCCAAUUUGAUAUCACUUUUCUAAGAUUAUCUGCUAAAUUUGUGCUGCUGUGACCUCCCUCAUAUCCAACACAUUCCAAAAGGACAGAUUUCACUUCAAAUCUACUAUUUAUAAAAUGCCCUGUUACCGCCAUUACACUAUGUGUGUUCCGAGAUGUCCAGCAGUCAGUUGUUAUGGUAAUUGAUAUAACAUCCCUUAAAAUGUCUGAAACUUUAAGGUGUAUUUCUUCAAAUAUUGAUGGUAGAAGAACAUUGCUUAACGUUUUUCUUGUUGGCAAUUUGUACGUCGGAUUUAAAGCGUGUAUUAAUUCUCUAAAACCACUAUCUUUGAUUACGAGAUUUAACAAAAGGUGAUCUAAUUUUUUUGUUGGAUCAUUGAAAUUCUUUUUGGGGCGUGUGCUGACAUGACCUGUUGUUGUAAUUUUCUAACUUCAGAUCGAGCAGAACCAAUUGCGCCUAAUGAUGAAGAUGAUUCACUGGAAGUUAAUGGCAACGACGACUCAUUGAUGGACGGGGGUGUUGGAGUGUUCUCACUAGAGACUUCACUAGGAGUUGAAGAAGAACCUUCUACAGUUUGAGAACUACUUUGUUGCACAUCUCUUCUUUUUUGAAAACGUUCUAGUUGGCCCAGUUUCACAGAUUGAUGUUUUCUAACAAUAUGCGAUUUUAAACUGCUUUUUACCCAACAUGCAACACUUCACCAUCUUCGAGAAUAGUCCAAAGUGCUAUAUAUUCCACUGAAAUAUUCCAAAAUCCUCAAAUCUCUGUGAAAAUAGCACGAAAAACACACGUAAAAAUAAGCAAAACAAAGCUUCCCCUCAAUUCUACAAAGCCGCAGUAUAAAACACCACAAAUCAGCCCCGCUGUUCUUAAUUUGCCACCACAGCGUUGCCAUGCUUAGUACGCACAUCGUAGUCUUCAGGAAAUAUCUCUGGGAUAUAAUGCAUAAUGCAUAUUUCUUGUCUUCGGUUCUCAUUUCAGAUGUAUUUUGAAAUGCUGCGUACGAAACCAGAAUAAGAAUAGCUCAAGACAUUUUCGGAAAUCGCUGUGAUGUUUAUUUUUUGAAAAAUUAUCAUAUUUGUUUUAAUUUUUGCGAGUUCCGUGAAAGUGAUAGGUUUUGAAGCUAUGAUGACACUGCAUCAGUGGAAACAUUACACUAUGAAACAUAUUAGCGUACUGAAACAAAGAUUUUCUUUUUGGUGCAGGUGUUACAAACAAUUUAUAACUGUACAUACACAUGAGUUGUUCUAUUUGAAGAUACUACAUAUUGGAGACAAAUGCAUACUCUUUAUUUAGUAAUCACCACGUAUAACAUUAUAUGAUUAUUUUUGCACUGCUCAGUGUUAUCAUCUUUUGAUUGCGUGAAGGCAGUUGUUGUUUUGAACAAGAUGUGACAACACUGCAGAAAACAGGUAGCCACUCAAGUUUGAAGUCGCGCUGGAUGAUUGAUACAAACAAAUCCUUUGUAUUCGAAUUCGUUGGGUACAGUAAAGUCUUAACCAGUCCUUUACGAAUUUUGAGGUAUGCUCGGGGUCAUUAUCUUGCUGGAAUGUCCAUCAUAAAGGCAUUUCUUCUAAUUUUGAGGUAUGCUUGGGGUCAUUAUCUUGCUGGAAUGUCCAUCGUAAAGGCAUUUCUUCUUCAGCAAAAGCAUGUGCAUCUUUGUAAACUUUUUGAUCCAUUUUCUCAACAGUUGGUCCCGUUCCAGAACUAGAACAGCAGCCCCAAACCAUGGUGUCGCCUCCACCGUGCCUAACUGUUGGCAACUGAUUCUUUUUGACGAAUCUUUUUCGUAUUAAGUUAAAUAAGUUAAAUUUUUUCAUAAAACUGUAUUCCAUUGUUGUUCUGUCAAAGUUAGAUGAGUUUUAGCAAAUUGAAGCCGAGCAAUACGAUUAGUUUUUUUUUAAAUGAGAGGCUUCUGCACUGGACGCCUACCAAAAAGCCCAAAAUCCACCAAGCGUCUCUGCACUGUUCUGAUAGAAAGAUUUUCGGCAUCCUCUUCUACUAUUAUUUUGAAAAUAUGUGUGGCUGGUAUUCGAAAUCUUCAUGUGACAAACAUUUAAUGUAGCAAUUCAAAACAUAAUCGGUUUUUUCUCUCUUCCGCACCUGGGCCGCGUUUCGAAAUCGUCCCUUUGUUCAUUUUUAAUCUUAGAAAAAUGUCAGAGAAUUUGAAUAUUGAUAAGAUAAACCUUGUAUUAGUGUGGGAGCCAAAGGUAGACUUUAAUAUUGAUAUUAUCUGUUCCCUCACAAUUUUAAUUUAGAUAUAUGAAAUAGUUCAUAAUGAUGUUAAUAUUUGUUUCCAAACUUUCGUCCGCUACUGUACCUAUGCAUAAAAUAAUGCCAACACAAUUGCUCUAAAUAGUACUGUUUUCGAGAUAUUGAGGAGUGACGAAACAUGAGGAUUGCUAUAUUUGCUAAAAUAUAUAUUACCAUUGAUUAUUGUACUGUAUACGUAUUAUUUACGGGUAAUAUAAGUUCAACGUAUUUUUUACAUAAGAACUAGCAUGGUAUGCAUCUGUUCGUACUUUCCAAAAGCAGUACUUGGAUCGAUCAGAAUAUUUUCGAUUAUCGGUGUCGAAACAAACGCGAUGAUAUGAAUUUAUUUGUUCGUUACUUUAUAUGGUGCUGUGGUGUCGUAUCCCUAUUCCCUAUUCAAUCCUCAUUUGAUUCGUCCUCAAGACAAACAUUUGUACUCGAUUGCCUUUUUUUCAAUUGUCGCUGCUCGUCUAGAUAUUAUUUAUGGCCCGCAGGCAAUAAGAGUGCGGGAAUUUGAUGAUUUGCGCACUGGAGUUAAAUAAACACAUAAAUCAAUUUUAAGCGGAUGAGCAACACAGUAAUAGUUUUGGUUAUAAAUCCAUGGCGUCAUUGAUCAGCUGUCUUAUGUAAAAGUUAUCACUGGAAAAUUUUGGUAAUAACACUGCUUUGUAGUGGAGUUUGCGGUUAAACAGAAUUAAAUUAUAAGUCCAUAAUAGUCCAUAAAUGGGCAAAUUAUCUGAAUGUGCUUUAAGCACACUUCUCAGAACUUAACCCUAGACUGCAUAGGCAAAAAUCGCACCUGUCGUUGCUUACUUGGGGUUACCUGUAACCCCAUCUAUAUAGUUCCCAAAAACAUGGAAACAAACAAACAAUAAUAAAUAAAGACUUUAUAUUGUAAAGUAACAUUACAAACUACAAUACCUACUUUAAACAAUCAGUGCAUAUUUCAACUCUAUGUGUAUUGCAAACGGCCUUAAAACAUUUGGCACAUGCAGUUUUUGUCUUCCGACCGUAGAAUAUUUUUUAUGGAAGAUGUUAAACUUCGGGGUAGAGGUUUUGUUAAACGCCGCUCCAUAUGGGGGUCUUGAAAGUUACAACCCAAGUUCGAAUAAAUAUUUUCUUCUGACGCUUUUUUGUCUGUCCUGCUUAGCAAUUUGGAAAAUUAUAUUAGAGUUAACCCCUGCUUGGUCCAGCAUUCCAUAAAAAAAGCGCAGUGGCCAUCUACGUAUUUUGCGAGAAACGGAACUAGCAUGAACCAUUUGGUCGAAGGUGUCGACUCCUCCUUUGGUUGAAUUGUAAAAAUUUAUAAUCUCGGGCUUCAGAUUUUCAUCUACUACUUUACCAGUAUGCAUUGUAGAUAGUAAAAGUACCGAUUUAGAUUUUUUAGGAGUAAACGAUACUAAAGUUUUUUCAUUAUCGAAUGCAAAUUGGGAUGUAUUCACUUCUUUUUUUUUUGUUUGGAAGAAAAGAUGGGGGAACUUCCCUUUUGUUUUUACGAAGAGUUCCCACAACUGUUAAAUUAAAAUCCGAAAGCAUUUUGUCGGCUAAUGGAACAGAAGUGAACCAGUUAUCCAUUGUUAAGUUACGUCCUGUUCCGUGAAUAGACUCUGAUAACUUUUUUACAUAGUAAUCUGGGAGCGGUUCUUUAUUUGGCCGGUGCUCUUUGCCAAUAUAUGGUAUAGCAGAUAUCAUAUAAAAAGUGCGCGAAUCGCACAUUGUCACAAUCUUUAGACCAUAUUUAUCUGGUUUUGAGGAAAUGUAGACUCUAAAGGGACAAUUGCCGCGAAAUCCUAGUAACUGUUCAUCAACCGUGCAGUAACUAUGAGGAGUAUAGUGUUGAGUACAUCGAGAUAUAAAGAUCUCCCAUAAAAUGCGAAUAGGUGAAAAUUUAUCGUCGCGGUUUCUUACUGUCUUAUCGUCAAAUCUGAGACAUGAAAUAAGAAAUCUAAAUCUUGUUUCACUUAUAAUACAUCGAUAUAUCUCUGGUCCAUAUUUUGACCACAUUUCAGCAGUAGUUAAGUGAUUGUCUUUACGGCAUCCUGAUAUAUAAAGCAGACCUAUUAAGGCUAAAAUUUCCGUGUCAUCUGUGUUAUUGAUAUAUCCACAAUCUUGACUGUAGUUGCUUUUUUGUCUCCCAAUCUCCAUAUUGGUAUACAAAACAAUCUUGUUUAUUACAUCAUCGCUGACGAACAACUUCCAUGCUUCUAACUCUGUUGAUACAUUUUUGGCAAUACCCUUCGGGCCAGGAACACGUACAACUAUAUUUCGCCGAGGCGUGCGAGUUCGAUAUUGAGGCUCGGAGCUCCAAACGUGCCCAUUUUUUCCUCUUAUUAUCUUCCUUGUAAUCUCAACUUGAUCUGCCGUUGCUUCUUCUUCGCUUUCCUCAUCCAAAACGUUAGAAUCACUUUCAGACUGAACUGACACAUUAUCUUCGUAAUCGGAGCCACCAUUAUCAGAAUCACACUCAUUUUCAAGUUCAUCAUUCCAUCGCAAAAGCGUCUCCUCAAAUUUGGGAUCACCCGGUCGCACAGCCAUCUACAGUAUAUUCAGAUAAGAGAUAGACCGGACAUAAACAAGACCACGUGAUCAUCGAACGCUGUAACAUUCGGCAGGGACGUAUUAAGAGUCACGCAGUACAUAUUUUAGAUAGUAGAUGCUGCUUUGCGUAACUUUGUAGUAAAAUAGCACA